CUUCACCCACGUGACCACGUGCUUAUACUUUAUCGCUCUCUUACGAAUUUUUCGAUGUAAAUACAAUGGAUGACGAUCUUAUACCAUCAGCGAAAAUAAAUGCUGUAACAUUUUCAUUUUAUUCCUCAGCCGAUAUUGAAAGUAUAUCGGUAAAACGUAUAACACAGCAAUCAUCUUUCGAUGGAUUAGGUUUACCAGUCGCAAAUGGGUUACAUGAUCCGUUAUUAGGACCAACGGAUGACAGAGAUGUGUGCGGUACUUGUAACCUUAAUUUUAUCAAAUGUCCCGGCCACUUUGGGUAUAUAAAAUUGACUAUGCCAGUUUAUAAUCCUUUCCUGUUUAAAAUCCUUGUUAAGAUAUUAAAUGGAAUGUGUUUCGAAUGUCAUAAAUUACGCAUCCCACAAAACUUAUGUACUUUCUUAAAACAAGAAAUGAAACUUCUAGAACAGGGAAACGUUGGAAAAGUUUCCGUAUUAGAAGUUAUACAACAAAAUUUUGCACCUGAAUUGUGGGAAGACCUUAUACACAAGUAUAUUUCCGAUGAUAAUUCAGAAAAAAGAACUAACAACGACGCAAAAUCAAAAAAUAUAUCAUCGAUUCAAGUUCUUGUACGAAAACGAUUCUUAAGAGGAGACUUUUUUGCUAAAUCUUGUCCAUACUGCAAGAAACAAAAUAGAAAAUUGGCAACUGAAAACAACGCUAAAAUAUUUUUCACGGAUAAUAUAAGAAAAUCUAAAACGAAAGAAAAGGAUACUGGGAUUGCUUCAGCACACGAAAGCUAUUUAACACCAAUGAGUGUUGAGGAGCAUUUAAAUCUAUUAUGGCAACAUGACAAAGAACUAUUAGAACUAAUGCUUAGUGGAAUUGGAACGAGUACUACAGAGGUUUUCGUUCUUGGAUCUAUUCCGGUACCACCGCCAAAAUUUAGACCAACGAAUCCUGUUGGCGGUCAAUUAUUUGAACAUGAACAAAGCGUUAUUUUCUCAAAAGUUAUACAGGCAUCGGACAAUAUUAAAAAGCUAUUAACUAUUUCUCAAUCGGAAGAGGAUGGCGUAACGGAAAAGUUUGACUUAAACAUGUAUCCUGGAAAUAGUAUGAUAGAUAAAAUAAACUAUGCGUGGUUAAACUUACAAAGGUCAGUCAACGCGAUAGUUGAUUCAGAUUUGGAUAAAUUAUCAAUGGAAAAAAAUCGAGGAGUUAAACAGAUAUUGGAAAAAAAAGAGGGUAUGCUAAGAAUGAAUAUGAUGGGCAAAAGAGUUAAUUAUGCAGCUCGCUCCGUUAUAUCACCCGAUCCUUUUAUAAGUGCGAAUGAAAUAGGGAUACCUUACGUUUUUGCUACCAAAUUGACGUAUCCGCAGUAUGUUACGUCAAACAACUUUAGGGCGUUGAAAGAAGCCGUAAUAAAUGGACCGAAUAUAUAUCCAGGUGCUACUCAUGUAAUUGAUGAGCAAGGGGCAAAAAUUGUUUUAUCACGUUCUAAUAAAAACCAAAGAGAAGCAAUUGCCAAACAAUUAUUGAAACCCUUGACAUCCGUUGAAGGAAAAUAUGGCAAAGUUGCUCAUAAAGUUGUAUAUAGGCAUUUGAAAAAUGGCGAUGUACUUUUACUUAAUCGUCAACCAAGUUUACAUAGGCCAAGUAUUCAAGCUCAUAGAGCGCGAGUAUUGGCAAAUGAAAAAACUCUCCGACUUCAUUAUUCAAAUUGCAAAGCUUAUAAUGCUGAUUUUGAUGGAGAUGAAAUGAAUGCCCAUUUCCCGCAAAAUGAAAUAGCUAGAUCCGAAGCUUAUAAUUUAGUAGCAACAAAUCAUCAUUAUACUGUGCCUAAGGAUGGUUCACCGCUCGGUGGUUUAAUUCAAGAUCAUAUGAUAUCCGGCGUUAAAUUAAGCGUUAGAGGUCGAUUUUUUGACAAACAACACUACUAUCAAUUGAUUACUAGUGCCUUAUCUGAUAAUCACAAGAAAUUAAAGAUAUUGCCCCCAACAAUAUUGAAGCCUAAGCCCUUAUGGACUGGAAAACAAGUUAUUACAACCAUCAUUCUUAAUACUAUCCCCUCAAAUAAAACUCCAAUCAAUUUAUAUGGUUCUGCUAAAGUUUCACCACGGGAAUGGUCAAUUAGUGAAAAUGAAAAAUAUCAAAUAGACGCAGAAAAACAUAUGGAUGAGAGUACAGUUGUGUUUCGUGAAGCAGAAUUACUUGUUGGAGUAUUAGAUAAAGCUCAUUACGGGCCGACCAAAUACGGUCUUGUUCAUUGUAUUUAUGAGGUAUAUGGAGGACAAGUUGCUAAUGACCUGCUAACUCGCUUCGCUAGACUAUUUACAUAUUUCUUACAAUAUGCUGGGUUUACUUUGGGUAUUUCAGAUAUUACCUGUACACCAUACGCGGAUAUGAAAAGAAAGAAAAUUCUAUCCAGAGCUUCGAAGAUUGAUAUAGCAGCAGCAGCUCGGGGUUUAGAUUGUCAGAGCAAAGACGUUGAUAAACUUACUGAAGAAUACGAAAAGGCGCAUUAUGGUGAUGGUGGGGGACUAAAAGAUCUUGAUUUGUGCAUGAAACAGUGUACUGAUAACAUAAACAGCUCAGUUACUAAAAUGCUAAUGCCACACGGCUUAUAUAAGAAAUUUCCUGAAAAUAAUUUGCAAUUGAUGGUUGAAUCUGGAGCAAAGGGAUCUAAAGUAAAUUGCAUGCAAAUUUCUUGUUUACUUGGUCAAAUUGAAUUGGAAGGCCGUCGACCUCCACUUAUGCUUAGCGGCAGAUCGCUUCCUAGCUUUAAAAAAUAUGAUUUUUCCCCCUACGCGGGCGGUUUUGUUGGAGGUCGAUUCUUAACAGGAAUUAAGCCACAGGAAUAUUUCUUUCAUUGUAUGGCUGGAAGAGAAGGCUUGAUAGAUACUGCUGUAAAAACUAGUAGAAGUGGAUAUUUACAAAGAUGUCUGAUUAAACAUCUAGAAGGGAUUUGUAUUAACUACGAUUUGACUGUGCGCGAUCACGACAAGAGCGUUAUUCAAUUCUACUACGGAGAAGAUGCUUUAGAUAUAACAAAAGCUCAAUUUUUACAUGAUAGCCAGUUUAAAUUUUAUAAAGAUAAUAUGUCUUCAAUAGUCAGUAAAAAGACCUUAAAAGAAAUUGAAUCAGCUAUUGAUAUAAAUAAAGCCAAUAAAUCAUGGAAAAAGGUGGAAAAGAUUAAGAAACGAAAACGUAACUAUACGGAAAAAAGAGUUUCACCCUUUUUAGAAUACUCUAAAACACAUUCUAAAAAUAUAACCCUUACUAAUUUUGAUUCUAUUGAUGAUUUUGUUGGUGCCAAACAGAAAUUUUAUCAAUCAUGGUUCCAAGUUAAAGAUGAAAUCGAUUAUUCUGAACAUGAAUAUAAAUUUAGAAAAAUACCCGAUCCAGUUUUGACCAGAUAUAAACCAGAUCGAUAUUUAGGAAGUGUCUCUGAAAAUUUUUACGCCAAAGUCAAAGACUACGUUAAAAAGGAGGAAGAGUUAGCGGGAGUUUUUGAUCAACUUAUGUAUUUGAAAGCGAUGAGAGCUUUAGCUCAGCCAGGUGAUGCCGUAGGACUCUUGUCUGCUCAGUCUAUUGGAGAACCUUCAACUCAGAUGACAUUGAAUACCUUUCACUUUGCCGGUCGUGGUGAAAUGAACGUAACACUUGGUAUUCCAAGAUUGAGAGAAAUCCUUAUGGUUGCUAGUGCUAAUAUUAAAACUCCAACAAUGUCUGUACCAUUACUUAAUACUGACUAUGCUAAGAAUCAGGCGGAAAACUUGAAAUUGAAACUAACAAAAGUGAUCUUGAAUCAAGUAAUGCGUGACAUUAAAAUUUCGGAAAAGAUUAUCACAGCAGGAAAUCAUCAAAAUAAUUGCCGUUUAAUUACUAUACGCUUCCGCUUCCUUCCUCAAGAAAUUUACGAAAAAAGUUGCUAUAUUAAAAGAAAGCAUAUUAGAAAAUUUAUGGAAAAGUUUCUUAAUAGGUUUGCUGAUACCUUACAAAAAGCUGCUGAGCAGCUCGAUAGCAAUAAGCUACUUAAAACUGAUAAAUUCAAAGAACCUAAAGAAGUAGAUGAAACUGAAGAAAAUCAGGGAAACAAUGAAGAAGGAGAUGAUGAUGACGAUGAUGAAAAAGUUAAAAAAUUGCGUUUAGAAGAUGCCAACGCAUUCGACAACGAAGCAAGCGAUAGCGCCUCCUCUGAAGAUGAAGGAGAGAUAAAAGAGAAACUUGACGAUGAUGAUGAAGGAUAUUCAACAGCCGAUACUAAGGCUAUAAAGCGUGAAGAAAUUAUUAGCUAUACAUAUGAACGCUCCGAAUUCAAAUGGUGCGAAGUAGUAUAUAAGCAUCCAUUAAGAAGACGAAAGGUUGACGUCCGAUCCAUACUAGAGGAGGAAGUAAAACGAACAGUUAUUCAUAAAGUGGAGGGGAUUCAAAGAGCUCUUUUAUCUCAACCUAAACGAAACGAAGACUCACAAGUACUGACAACAGAAGGUGUUAAUGUACGUAACAUGUACAAUUACGAUAGAAUAUUGGAUUUAAAUAACUUGUUAACAAACGACAUUCAUGCUGUUGCAAAUAUUUAUGGAAUAGAGGCGGCUAACAAAGUCAUUAUUACUGAGAUACAAAGUGUUUUUGCAGUUUAUGGUAUUACAGUAAAUUACAGGCAUCUCUCUUUAAUAGCCGAUUAUAUGACUUUUGAGGGAAGUUAUAAACCAUUCAAUAGAAUGGCUUUAGAAACAUCACCGUCACCAUUGCAGCGAAUGAGUUUUGAAUCUACAAUGGAAUCUUUAAGGAAUGCCGUUAUUUACGGUGAAAAAGAUUCAAUGAUUUCGCCUUCAUCCAAAAUCAUAGCGGGAAAAUUGAUUGAAGUUGGGAGUGGAAUAUUUGAAGCAAUUCCGAAAACCAGAAAAAAUCAAUCAAAAAUCAAAAAUAAACGCUUGCAAGGUGGAAUCGAACCACUCCGACGCCAGUCGGCUACAGGCGUCACUUUUGUAAAAUGCGAAACAGCUCCCAGAACUAUACUCAGUAAUCCUUGCCAAACUGUCGUAAAUUCGAAGAUUAAAUAUUUUGCUUGUAUAAGCGAACCAUCACAUCUACUACGGGAAGCAAAUGCUAACUUUAAUGUAACAAUCGAUCCAGAUAUUACUUGUGGUACACCACCAGCGGAUUAUUGUAUUAAUCAGGCGUCUACUUUUUGCGAUAAAUGUGACGCUUCGAAAAAUGAUAAAAAACAUCCCUUGGAGUAUUUGUACGAUACGAUACCAAAUAUUGGAUCUGGAAAUGAAAAGACAUGGUGGCAGUCUAAAACUUGGAUAGACUAUCCAACUCCUUUGGCAACUAAUAUUACAAUUUCUAUGGAUCAUGCUUACGAAUUGCAAACAGAUUUUUAUUUUCAAUUUACUACGUCUAGACCUAGGAUAGCGGUACUUGAAAAAUCUGAUGACUUUGGAAAAACGUGGGAACCUUUACAAAUCUAUAACCAAAAAUGUCCUAAAGACUCCGUUACCCAAAUACCUAAUGAUAAACCGGAUACGGUUGUCUGUACUCAGAAAUAUUCUCAUAGAUUACCAUUUUCGAAUGGUAGACUUUAUUUCGAAGUAGUCGCCGACCGCUUCCAACCGUUUCUAGGUACAUCUUUAACAAAUUACGAGAAACUAUACGAAACUUUCGAUAAAACUAAAUUGAAUAGCUUCUUAACGUUCACCGAUCUAAGGUUAAGAUUAGAAGCACCAAAUACCGAUGGCUAUGAAUUUAGGCAAGACAAGAAAGAUUUACUAAGAUACUUCUACGGGAUAAAUGACGUUCAAUUAAUUGCCGGUUGCCAAUGUAAUCUACAUGCGAAAUAUUGUAGGAAAGAUAAUGGGAAAAUGGCGUGCGUAUGCUCCCAUAAUACUGACGGUAUAAGUUGCGAGAAAUGCUUACCUUUAUACAACAAUCGACCCUGGAAAGCCGGUAAUUACUUACCAUAUCCCGAUGGAACUGCUAACGAAUGUGAAAAAUGUGAAUGCAACGAUCACGCUUCUUCUUGUCAUUAUGAUAAGGCUCUAAACAGAGGGGUCUGCGAUAAUUGUACCCAUAAUACUAUAGGUAAUAAUUGCGAGAGUUGUACGGCUGGCUACUAUCGUAAUAUAUCCGCUAAUCUAAACGAUCCUGGAGUAUGCUUGGACUGCGAUUGUGAAUUAAGUGGAGUCGUCAAUAACGAUACCAAAUGUAGUCAUCUUUCCGUCUUACCUGGACAGUGUCCUUGUAAGGUACAAGUCACGGGAAGACGUUGUGAUAGAUGUAAGGACCAGUACUAUGGUCUACUACUUCCAGAAUCAAAAGGUGUUUGUAAGGAAUGCGCCUGUAGAACACUUGGAACUGUUGGCUCUAGUAAUGUAUGCAAUUACGAGAAUGGACAAUGUCCUUGUAAGGCAAAUAUUGGUGGUCGGAGUUGUUCAAUCUGUAAAGAAGGCUACUAUUCCUAUCCACAGUUGACAACGGAUGAUUGCAGAGAUUGCGCCUGCGAUAGGGGGGGAUCAGCCUCUUUAGUAUGCAAUAAAGUUUCGGGUGUAUGCACCUGUAGACUAGGUUUAUCGGGAAGAAACUGUUCAACAAUUGGUAAAAAUCAAUUCGUGCCUUAUAUCGAUGGGUUGUACUCUCAGCCUAUUGAGAAAAGUAGUACUUGUGUACUUACAUCAAAAAUUAAAUCAUCUGAAGUUAAAUAUACCGGAAGACAAUUUGCUGUCUGCAAAACUGGACAAACGGCUGUAUUUGACAAUGUAAACGGUAUAGAACGUCAAACGAUGAUUCUUUGGGAAUACAAUCUAGGACUUCGAUAUUCAACAAACGUUACAAAUUCUUGGGCAGAAGUUACCCUUGAAUUAAGCGUCCUAAGCGUCGAUGCAGCAAUAUCAUUAGAUUAUUAUAAAAAUCGUACAAACGAAACCAUUACACCUGCUUGUUCACAGCCAGCUGGUCUGCUAAAAUCCUUUUCUUUGACAAACCUUACAAGUGGACAAGCUCAAUCCUGGUUAAGCAGCGAUACUGUCACUAUAGACGCUAGAUGUCAGUAUUCAGCUCAAGUAAAAGUUGGUCAAUCUAAAGAUGAUGCCGCUUCAGAAAUUUUAAUAGAUGCGAUAUUAUAUAUGCCUUCAUUGAUAAAUAGUACUGUUUAUAUUGCAAAUAUAACGUCGAAAGAAAAAUUAAAAGAUUGUACAAAGAGAAUAAGUGCCUUAAGUACCAGGGAUGCGGCUUUGCAAGAUCCAGAUUGUAAGACGAUGGAAAGAGGAAUAAUGGCGGAAAUGGUUAAUGGAGCCCUUCCCUGUGCAUGCAAUGAAACUGGAACAACCGGAGGCCAUCAGUGUUCUCCCCAAGGUGGCCAAUGUCCUUGUAAGCCUGGAGUUAUGGGUAGAAUGUGCGAAGUAUGUCGUCCAGGCUUUUUUAAUUUCACAUCGAGCGGAUGCCAACUAGGUUCAUAUCCUGGGGAAAAAGAUGAGUCGUCUGGAGGUGGUUUACAAACAGGGGUACUUAUAGCCAUAAUCAUUGGAUUAGCGAUUGUUCUCAUCAUUCUCAUUAUCCUGCUAUGGAAAAAGUGCAGAGAACAAUGUAGGGGCAAUCAACCAUACGAAAGACAAGAAUUAAUGGCCUCAGAUUUGGGUUUAAAGGAUCCUAAAAGUCCACUCUAUAGUAAAGACGUUUAUUUGGGAGCAUUCAACUUUAACGAAUCUGAGAUCAAGCGAGUUCAUAAAGAUAAUUCUCCUGAGCAGGCUAUAAGCAAUGACACAAUAUCAUUCGUAUCUGAACCAUCUUUAAAACUGAAUCUAAUGCCAGCUCCCAUUCAACGACCUAAAAACUCUGAAGAGAGAGAAGAGCCUCCCCCUCCACCUACCGAAAGGCCUUCUUCUCUACCUUCAGAAUCAAACUCCUUUGAUUUCAGAGACUACUUAAGUCUUAGCGACCGAAUGUCGAUAGACAUGACACAAGCUAAAGAACUAUAUACAAGGGACGCUUCAUCGCAAGCAACACCUUCUGUUGAAGCAAAGAAGCUUCAAGUUGAACCGAGCGCCAUUGAGACAAAGUCAAUAGCAAGCCAAGCUUCGGAGAUUAUUGAAUUAACGCCAACACCACCUCGAGUAGAUGAUCUCAAGACAACCGCAUCUCAAAUUGAAGUGGACACAGCAUCGACAGCGAGUCAAGCUAUAGUCGAACAAGACGCUCGAGCCAUCCAAGUUGGAGUCGAUCAAGACGUGCAAGCUAUUCAAACUGAUCGCCGAACUCUACCAACAAAAAUCUUAACGAGCAAACCAACUCAAGUAACACCGAAAGUGAAAUCAACGGCUGCACAGGUAAACAGAAGAAAGUUACCAACACCAACUGGUCCAAAUAAAUCCGUUCUUGAGAAAAGAGUACAACUGUUAGAAGAGGCUCUGGUCGAUUCUCCAGCAUCAUCACGAUUACCGUUAACCCAGUAUGGACCAUUCGACGAAAUUAACGCAUGCGAAUGUGAUUCGUUCGGUUCUAAAACCGGUGUCUGCGAUUAUACGACUGGACAGUGUCCCUGUAGAACAAAUGUUGCCAAAUUUGGCGAAAAUUCCACAUCGUCUGACACAACUGAAAGACGUUGCAAAGCCUGCCUACCCCUUCAUUGGGGUUUUUCAACUGGAAAAGGUUGCUCAUCGUGCAAUUGUAAUAAGGAUGGAAGUACAGGAUCACAAUGCGCCGAUAGUGGUCAAUGUCCUUGUAAACCAACAAUAACAUCAAGAAUGUGUGAUAAAUGCGAAGAAGGGUUCUUUAAGUUUUCGGCAGAUGGUUGCUCAGCUUGCAACUGUAGCACAAGCGGUUCAACUGGAAAAAUUUGUGAUAAUGCAGGAAAAUGCACGUGUAAAUUAAAUACGGAAGGAGAUAAAUGUAUGAAAUGCAAAUCGGAUUCUUUCAAUCUAAGAGCAGACAAUCCUGAAGGAUGUCAAAAAUGCUUCUGUUUUGGUCACGGGACAGCUUGUAAAAGUGCUUCCGGUUUCCAAAAGCAAACGCUAACAGCGUCAAGUUCAGAAAUAGAUAAUUGGCCGUGGGCGGAGAUCAAUGGCAGAAGAGAUUUUAAAAGAGCCUCGUGGACGGGGGAUUUUCUACCGGCUUAUGGAAAUAAAUUGGCCUUUGAAGUGCAAUCUUCUAAUCCUAUAAAAUAUGAAGGAGCUGUGAUCUAUAUGACUGGUGACAUAAAGGGGGAGGAUGUUACAACUUUUUACAAAUUAGAAGCUCAAACUAUAACUCCUACAUUCAAACAGAUUUCUGUUGUUUUACAUCAUUCCCAAUGGUACUUGAAUGACACUACUGUAAUCGAUUCUUUCUCAUUCUCAGGAGUUUUAGCAAUGUUGAAAUCUCUCUACGUUAAAACUAGAAUCGGAUCACAACUGAUUAGCUUCCGGAAUAUUCGAUUGGAUUCAGCGGUUGAGGGAACAUCUGGCGAAGUAUCAACAUCCGUAGAGGAAUGUCAAUGUACAGCGACUAAGAAGGUUGGCGGAAAAUCGUGUGCAAGCUGUUCUAAAGGAAAUUGGAGGGGAAAAGCCACUUCUAAUAGUCCUUAUAAUGCUUGUGUUAAUUGUGACUGUAAGUUCCCUGCUACUUCACCACCCUCUUGUAAUGAAACUACAGGAAUUUGCCUUGAUUGUAAAAAUGGUACAAAGGGUGAUAAAUGCGAUACAUGUAGUGCUAAUGUAGAUGGGAAGGACUCAUCCUGCCAAACAUGUCUUUCUGGAUUCUGGGGACCAUUUCGGGAAGGAUGCCUCCCUUGCAAAUGUAACAAAGAUGGAACUGUACAAGCUGAUUGCGCAGGAAAUACCUGCAAAUGUGAUCAAAAAACUGGAAAGUGCCAGUGCAGGAUCAACGUUGUUGGAGACAAGUGCGACGAAUGCAAAGAUAAUUUUUAUGACUUAGCAAAUACUUGCAAGGUAUGCGAUUCGUGUUACGGUAGAGUUGACGUAGAGGUUGUUAAAGUUAGGGAACUAAAUCAGAACCUUAGUGACUACGUAGAAAUACUUCAAACAAAUGAUAAUAAUACAGUUCUUGGACCAUUUGCUUAUAGACUAUCGAAUACUGUUGAAUCAAUGGCAAAAUUAAUAUCCUUCUUAUCUACCGCAACAACACUUGAAAACAGAGUAUCUAGCGAUAUUAGCCGCCUGAAUAGUACGAUGCAAUUGUUUAGGGUAAAGAUAGAUGAAGAAAUACCGAAGAUUCUCGCUACUGCAAACAAAUCCGUUAUUAAAGCGGAAGAGUGUCUGACGGAGGGAAAAACAACUUUGGAUGAAACUCUACAGCUUACGAAUUUAACUGUCCGAAUGCUAGAUGAAUCAGUAUGGGAUCAAUUGUAUACAUUAAGGAAUCUAGCCGAUUCUCUGACAGCUGCUGAAAAACAGCUGCAAGAUUUAUCUUCAUCGGCAACCGGUGAUUUAACAUCGACAACAAGUAUAGUUCAAAAGAUAAGAAAUGAUGCAAAUAAAGCUAAAAAAGACGCGGACGAAGCUCUAAAAGUGGCAAAAGAUAUUGUAAAACGUCAUGAAGAGUUAAAAAGCGAAUUGGUUAAAUUGGAAGAGAAAUCUAACACAGCUAUACACGAGUCAAAUGCAAAUCUGGAAAAUACUAAGAAACUGAAGAAUGAUGCGACUGAUACAGAGAGACGGGCAAUGGAAGCUAAGAAUGAAGCGGAGAAAAUUGCGGAUAUAGGAACAAACGUAAAAGCUUUACAAGAUAGAGCAACCGCUUUGAAUACAAGAUCCGGUGAUGUUAAAGCUCAAUCUGAUACAGAAAAAGGUAAAGCUGCCUCCAUAGUUGCUAGAGUUGCAGAGGCGAAUAAAGAAGCCUCGAAACUGAAAAACGAUGCUGAGAAAAGGGCAGAUUCAGCCAAAAAUAUACUUUCAAAGACAUCGACGUCACACACGACUGCUAAAGACGCACAGCAAUUGGAAAAGGAGAGUUUCGAUAGCGCCACAAAUAUGCUUGAUAUAAUGAAAAACUUUGGCACAAAAUCAACCGCAAUUAAAAAAGAGGCUGAUGAUGCACUAGCCACAGUAACAAAGGUCCAAUCUCAAGCAGAAGAUGCAACCAGAGUAUCAAAGUCUAUUCAAACCCAACUGACACCAGCGAAUACAAAUUCUGCUUCAGCCCUUCAAAUAGCAAAUGAAGCGAAAACGUUGGCUAACAAGCAAAAGGACGAACUGGAAUCAACGAAAAACAUAUCCGAUAUUCUAUCAAACCAAGCUGAUGAACUAGUACCAAGUGCCAUAGAGCAAGCAAACAACGUAACAAAGCUGAAUGCAAGCCAUAUAAUGCCAGCAGUUGAGAGAACUGAUAGCGCUCAAAAACUAACUGAGAAUCUUAUCAACUUGUCUCAACAAGCAGCUGGAAGCGUUGAAAAUGUAACAACGUCAACGGAAAAAACUGAUAAGGAUUUGAAAGAUAUAAUGAAAAGACUAUCUGCAGUUAAGCAUCUCGAUUCAUCCUCCCUUGAAAAAUUAGCAAAAGAUGUAGAAGAUUCAAAGUUAGCGUUAGCUAAAUUGAAUCUUGAGGAUAUUGUAAAAAAUUUAAAAGAGGCUGUCGACGCACAGAAUGUAAUCAUAACGGAAAUGAAAACUCGCGAGCAAGUUUUAUCCAAACGCGUUAAUCAGAUUCGAGAUGCCAGCGAACAGUUAAAAAGAGGAACAGCCUGA